AUGGAUCUAACGGAGGCGUUCGCCCCGGGAGGGGGCGGGGAGGAUCUGCCGAAGACCGAUUUCUUCGAUUUCGUCGUCUCCCCGCCGCCCCACUGCGCCUCCGCGGACGGCGUGUCCGACGAGGAGAGCUUCCUUCACCGUACCACCUGCCGGAGCAUCGGUUAUCUUCAGCAGAGCCACGAGGAGCACGAGGCAAGCCGUGAUCUUCACGGAUCGCCGUUCAUCAAAGAGACCAACAACAACACUUUGACCGCUCUGCCGCCAGUUUCGACGAUCACGAGCUCCCUCGGUCAUCAUCAUCACCAUCAUCACGUGAGAACUCAUCACAAUGCCUGUAACGUGCAGCCGAGCAACGAACAGACACCGAUGGACCAGUCGGAUUGCGACUAUUGGGGCACCGACGAGACCAAGGAACAAACGUGCAACAUACUACUCGAGGAUCUGAACAAGUACUGUUGGUCGGCUCACGCAAACGCUCAGAGCCACGGGAACGAUAACGUGAACGUUCAUCAAGGAUCCAACGACCAUCAUCAGGGUGUUGGACGGGGAUGCGCCGCGAACGACAGACAGAACACGGACGGAGCUAUAUACACGUUGACCGUGUUGAACAACGAGGCGAACUCGAUGGACGCGCUAGACUGCUGCAAGAGUCCCGCGCCAACGUCCAGCGAUUCCUGGUCCCUACGGCCAAAUCUCGAUCUGGACGCAAUCUUGAGCAUGGAGCCGGCCUCUACCGAACCGGACCACGACCAGACCACGAACGUGAGCGAAGUGUCGCGGACGGUUAACGAUAGGUUUCAUCCGGACCGUUUCUCGGUCCCGUCUUCACAGUACACCACCGACGACAGCGGUUUCGUCGAGAGCAAGGAAUUAUGCGGUCGGGGAACGUCCAAUAGCGGCAAUUGCGCGGGCGGCGACAACAACAACGACUGGAAGCUCUCGGACCAGAAUCUGCAGGAGGCAGCCGCCGCUGCGGCAGCAGCUGCGGUCGCGGUAGGCGCGGGCGAUUCGGCUGAGAGUCUCCUGCGCAGCGCCCUUCAAGGCAAACUCUACACAGGCCCGACACAAGUGGUGUCGUCCUCGUCCCCCUCCAAUCAAGGCUCCGCCAUGUCGAUGCCCGUCGCGAGUAACACUGGCCUACAGAUAGUCUCUGACCAGCAGCAACCGCAGCAACAGCAACAGCAACAACCGCAGCAACAACAGCCCCAACAACCGGACGAGUCCAUGCACGCAUGUACCGAUGAGGAUCUACUACUGUCCCAGUUAGAUCAAACGACCUACCGUCCCGGUGAUUACGAGAAAUUAAAGAGCAUAGCCAACGAAGUGGUGGAGUCUUACUGUAGCCUGGAACCAGUCUGCAAUGUCUCAGCGACGACCACGGUGAUGUACACGCUGGACCCAACGAGUGGUAGUCUAGGUACCAUCACCCUUCCAGCGGACCUGGGCCAAGUUAGCACGGUCACAGUGGUCACUGCUGCCCAACAGGAUGUCCUCCAACCGCAGACAGCUCCCAGGCCCGAAGUCGAGCAGCAACAGUCGACCAAUCAGCUUCAAAUACCACCCACGAGAGUGGUCACCGCAAAGGCGCCAAAGAAGUACUGCAGACGAGCUAACAGGAACAACAGUAACACGAACGCGGCUAGUAAUGGGAACGGCGGAUCAGAAACCGGCGGGAACGCCGGUGGCCAGCAACAGGGUGCAUCGGGCGGCUCGCCAGGCAGCGUGCAACGCAAGGAACGCUCGCUGCAUUAUUGCAGUAUCUGCAGCAAAGGCUUCAAGGAUAAGUACAGCGUGAACGUUCACAUCCGAACGCACACGGGUGAGAAGCCGUUCGCAUGCUCCCUCUGCGGCAAGAGUUUCCGGCAGAAGGCGCACCUAGCGAAACACUAUCAGACCCACGUGACGCAGAAGCCCAGUGUCCAGCAACAGGCGGCAGCUGGGACCACCAGCAGCAACAGCGGGAACAGCGGGAAUCCCAGUCCGUCGGCUGAAACGACGACCACGACGACCAGCACGGUGACAAACAGGAGUCAACAACCGCACCAGGUUUCGGUCGAUCCCACGGGGAACGCCUGCAAUCCGCCUAGUUAG